UUGAUCACUAAAAACUAAUGAGGCAGGUUUGCACACACUUAAGUCAGAUCGUAUCUAAUUUGAAGCUGCUGAAUCCACAGGGAGUGGUUGAGAUAUUAUGGGCUGUACACCUUCCAGUACUGUUCGGUUGUUGUUUAUUUUAGUCUGUAAGAGCCAGCUCAUUUUUGAGACGGGUUUGCAGCGUUGUGCUGCAGCAGAUGUCUAUCAGCCGGUGUUGGGGAUGGCCAUGUUCAGACAAUGUUCCUCUUCGCAAAUGCUCAUUUCUCUGGUUGUCACGCUUCAGCAAGCUUCUCGAGAUUUUUUCUGCUGCUCUCUCAGUGUUUUUGACCGAAGCAUCAGCUGCUGAGCGUCAGCGGAUCUGCCUCUGCCUGGGCUGUUGUGUUGUCCACCGCCUCUACCUGCGCACGAUGAAAACUCGCAUCGCAUCACCUGUGGUGCUGCUGAAGCUGAUGCACAUCACAUUAGUCCCAGGUCUUGAGGCACAAAGAGUCAAAGUCGAGCCUGAAGUGACUGGAUAUGUCGGGCAUGAUGUCACCCUGCCAUGCCAACUCAUCCCAGGGCCAAACCACAACAUAAUCACUCAGGUUCAGUGGGAGCUCAAGCAACUAAAUGGAGAGAAAAGAUUCAUUCUUGUUUCUAAUGAGCUACUUGGAGUCAGUACUUAUGAAACGUUUCUAAAGGAUAGACUGAACAUAAUGGGACAAUCUUUGAUAAUUAGAAGUGUGGAAACGAGAGAUGCAGGGCUGUACACCUGCAGCAUUGCUACCUUUCCUGCGGGUUCAUUCGAAGGAACCACCAACUUUGUCGUUCAAGAUCAUCAACAGAUGCUGAUGUUACCGAGGGUGAUCGCUGCUGGAGUAUUCGUGCUCAUAGUUGUGACCAUGUUUGCCACAACUUACUUCAUCAUCACCAGAAUCAGACAUCGAUGUGAGGCUUUGGUCAUGCAGCGUGUCGGCACUGAUACAGUCAGUCCAGCGAUAAGUGACUGAAUUGGUUUGGGGCUACAUACUUCAAUAUAAUGAAGGAACAUGUCACCCGGUGCAACAGUAAGGCUCACUGACAACAAUGGAUCAAUGUUGGUUUUGCUCUUUUCGUGGGGUUUGUUGACAAAAAGAAAAAUGUAGAAUAUAAUCCAAAACCAGUUUGUAGCUUCUCCAGGCCCUCAGUUCGUGCUCUCGUGAAUCUCACCCUACCUCGGUCUCACCAGCCAGUCGUGCUGUUUUUCUGUAGGUGGCGCUUCUACCUGCUGCUCAUGUCAUGCACACAGUUCUGAUGAACAAAAACUUUGGAUGCAAUGAAUAAUACAUGGGAAAUCCAAACACGGUGGCUAUUCAUUCUGAUGAAAACUGCUCACCCAGCACACAAGCUGAAAAAAGCUUCUCUUCUUCCUGCAGAGGGAGGCCAGAAUGGUGAAGAAUAGCAAAAAAAAAAAAAAAAAUGUCAUUCCCACUGUGGCAUAUAAAUAUAUUCUGUAAUUGUCAUCAUUCUAAAAUUAUUGGCAAUGCUAGCACUUUAGCUGUGUUAAUUUGUUGGUUCUUUGAUUCAGACUGAAAAUCUAAAAUAUUAUUGGAUGGGUUGCCAUGAAAUUUUGUAAAGAUGCUCAUGGUCCCCAGACGAUGAAUCCUACAGACUUUGAUGACUCCCUGACUUUUACUCUAGCGCCACCGUGAGGUUGACAUUUGUGGAUUUGAGUGAAAUUUUCCCUGAAAUCUGGUUAAUGACAGUGGUAAUGACAAUCCCAUCAGCCUCAACUGUACUUCAAUGCUAAUUAGCAAUUGCUAGCAUGCUAACAUGUUAAAGUAUGAUGAUGAGCCUUGUAAACAUUACCUGCAUGUUAGCAUUGUUUUUAUGAGCAUGUUGCUUUUCUGACAUUAGCAUUUAGCUCAAAGCACCACUUUGCCUGAGUGCAGCUUCACAGAGGCAGCAGCAUGGCUGACGUUAGUUUUGUCUGAAUGUGUGCUACAAGCAGGAAAUUUGCUACUUACAGCCCUUUCUGUUUGACAAAAAGUCUAUAUGAGUCCCAGGGUGUUAGGCAACUUUCAAUUUUGACUCUGACAGUUUCAUCUAAAUCCCUGCACAAACAAAUGCUGUUCCUGAGGGCUUGACAGAUGCCUCAUCUUGUUGUAAUCAGCCAAAAAUACAAAGCUAUGUGAAACAGUACCAGAGCAGCACAGCCCAGUGUGUUGCUCAGUUCUGUGAUAUAGACAACAUAAAUGCAUGCAGUAAGAGCUAGCGCACAACAUUUCUCCAAACCAUCAAAGAGGAACAAAGAAAAGAAAAAAAUUAAAGUUACACAACCAAAAGGAAAAUGUGUGAAACAAUGAUCAUCUACUUGUGUGGGGAAAUUACAUUCUGCUCCAUGGCUAUGAUGUAUUGAUGUGUACCCACCUUAUUACAGUUGGUUGGCAGUGUUUGAAUUUGAGCCUUAUUUAGGGUUAAAGGUUUUGUGAAUCAGAGAGUUGCUGUGGUUGUACUCCUUCAAACUGUUAAUUCCUAUUUUUUAAGUCUGCCCCUUUCUUCAAGCUUACCUACAUCAGCUUUAAACCAAAAAACAAGACUUUCAUAUUAUGGCACAGUACUGUACUGCAUGUAUUCCAAAGACACAGAUUGUGGUAAUAUUUGCUUUUUCUUAUUGUGCAGGACAGACUCGUGUAUGCAGAUGUUGCAGUCUGAGUAUGCUUAAUUAUACCAAAGAUGACAAAAUAUCUCUUCAAAGUUGCUAGAGCUCCACAAGGUUGUGUCCUCUCCCUUUACGUGUUCUCCCCAAAGACUGCACCUCCAGCCAUCCCUCCAUCAAGCUGGUCCUACCGAGGUCCUGUGCCUCAAACACCCAGUUCAACAUCCCCCAUCCAUAAUGCAGCUGUGAAGGUGGUGGAGUCACCACCAAGCGUCCUCACCUCCUCCAUCACUGUGAGGUACCCCGCAUCCUCUGCCCACACCAAACACACCGGAGGGCAUCAUGCAAACAGCCAGGCGGCUCACAGGCCAGGAUCGAGUGCCUGUUAGUGUUCUGCAGGAUGCCAGAGCCACACAACAAGCCGGGACCCAUCACAGCCAGCUCACUGCCUCUUCAGAACGCUUCCAUCUGGCUGCAGGUUCGGCUUCAUCAGCACCAGGACCACAAGACACCUGAACAGUUUUUUCCCUAAAGCCAUCACUCUCCUCAACAACCAAUCUCAACUCCCUCCCCCAUCCUUUGCCGCUGUAUAUAAUUCUUGUUUUUAACUUUCCUUUUCUUUUUAACUUAAUCUUAAAUAUGAACAGUUUCCUGACGGUGUCAUUUUGUGGGUGCGAGAUGCUGCUACACUAUGUUUCCAGAACGUGUGAAAAAAAUUGCUGUGUAAAAAUAUCCUGAAAUGCUCAGAUUUUAAUUGCUUUUGUUUAUUUUGUAUUAAAAUUUACUGACAAGA